CAAACCACAACAAACAUGGCGUCGCCGGAGCCGCAUCAGGAGCGUCAAUCACUGAAGAUUAAUAUUAGCCAGGAUGAUGGAGGCAAAAAAUCUGCUCCAAUAUCUUUUGGUUUUAGUAGAACAUUAAGCAGGGCCAAACCAGGGAAAGCGGAAGAGCGAGAUUAUUUAGUUGAAGUCGAAGGGAAAGAACUAAAAGGAACAAAACCGGUGGAGAAACCGAAGGAGCUGGUUAUCCCGUUGAUCCACAAGAACCGCUGGUACCGGCAGGAUGCUGAGCGAGGGGACAAGAGCAGCGAGGACAAGACCAAAGAUCCGCCCCAGGAGGUGCAGGACACGGUGGAGUCUCAAGCCGUCAAAGAGCUCAUCGAGGAGUCUCAAAAACACCAGGAGAGAUGGAAGAACGGACCACAGUCGGAUCCGAACCUUUCCAUUCCUCUUCUCAUGCAGAAUCAAGCUCCUGAGGGCUUUGAGGAUGGUGACAAAGUCAACGUGGAUUUGCGACCAGAGUCUUCCACAGAAGCAGACUAUGAACUUGUUCCUGUGGAGGCUUAUGGGUUGGCCAUGCUGAAGGGAAUGGGCUGGAAGCAGGGAGAGGGAAUUGGACGUACAUUUAAACAAGAUGUGAAGCCUAUAGAGCAUCAGUUGAGGCCUAAAGGACUGGGUUUGGGUGCUGAUCGCUCAGCCAUUAGAGACCUGGAGCCCGGCGUCCCCAAGAGACCCCCUAAACCUGGUGAUGAGAAGGGGAAAGAAGAGGAGGCACUGGUUCUGGGGCCUGGAGGAUGUGUGCAGGUCCUGGCAGGAGCCCAUAAAGACCUGUACGGGAAGAUAGAGGGAGUGGAUCCAGAUAACGCCAGAGUUGUAAUCAAACUUGCCAUUGGCGGAAAGACAGUAACCAUCAUUCAGCACUCUUUAAAACUAGUCACCCGCAAGGAAUACGACAAAUACGGCAAAGACCUCAGUCGUCUUAGUAAAGCACACAAGGAAAAAGAAAGAGAAAAAGAGCGGGAACAGCAGAGGGAACGAGAGCAAAAGUUAAACGGUAAAGAUGAGAGAGGAAAGACAGAUCGAGAUCGGGAUAGGGAGAAGGACAGAGAGAAAGAUCAGAAGAAAAGGAAACACAGAGAAUCAAGUGGAGACAAAGAGAAGCCUCCCCCGGCAAAAGAGUCGCGUCCCUCCCCACCAGCCCCCUCAUGGCUCCAACGGGACCUCCGUGUGCGGUUCAUAGAUAAAGCAUUCAAAGGAGGCAAAUACUAUAACUCAAAGAUGAGAGUCGAGGAUGUCCUGACGCCCCACACUUGUGUGUGUCGUACAGAGGAUGGCAGGCUGCUGGACGAUAUUAGGCAGAAAAUGCUGGAGACAAUUGUACCUAAGAACGACUCAGACAACAUUAUGGUGGUUCUGGGAGAACACAGAGGACAGGUGGGCCGCAUCCUGAAGCGAGACCGAGAGAAGUGUCGAGCCAUGGUUCAGCUGGACCGAUACGAGGAGCAGCUGUUCACACUCGACUAUGACUCCAUCUGUCAUUAUGUGGGCGGAACAGAUCACUGAGAAAACAAUUGGAUGAUACGACACACCUUUCAUCAUCCCAACCCUGUUCUGAUUGGCUUCCCUUAAAGGGAUAGUUUUCCCAAAAAUGAAAAUUCUGUCAUCAUUUACUCUUAUGGUGUUCCAAAUAUGAGUUUUCUUUCUUCUGUUGAACUAAAAAGAAUAUAUUUUGAAGAAUGUUGGUAAUCAGACAGUUUGAUGAUAGCCAUUGACUUCCAUAGUAUUUUCCCCCUACUAGGGAAAUCAAUGGCUAAUGGUUACCAGUGUUCUUCAGAAUAUCUUCUUUUGUGUUCAACAGCAGAAAGAAACUCAUACAUGUUUGGCUGAGUAGAUGAUGGCAGAAUUUUCAUUUUUGGGUGAACUAUCCCUUUAAUUGCUAGUGACCAACAUAUCAGAUACAUUACAUUUUUAAUACAACCAAGACUUAAUUUAUUUUGCUAGUUGUGUUGUAUUUUUAAAUGCAUCUGAAUGAUCAGACACGUGAUCCUAAAACAACAUAAUAUCCUGUUAGUAAGAGUCUGUUGUUACAAAUCCACAUUUUGCAUAUUUGUUGUUGUGCUUAGAAAUGUGAGCAGGAUCAAUGAUAUAAAGUGACAUUUUUCUCUCUGUAUAGUGAUGAUGAACAUUUACACAGGUCAGCCUUGUAGCAUCAGUGUUUGAGUGUCUGCUGCUGAUCUGGGAAGAAAAUGAAAUUGCAUUUUGGCCCAAUGUAAUUAAUUAAAUGUAAAAAACAAAAAAUCUCACUGCCAGUUAAUUAGAAUCCAAACACUUUUGAAACGGCUUGGUUUCUUAGUCCAACAAAGAUCUCAAUUUAUUAAACUGUUAAUAGUUUGUACAAUGUUAUACACAAGCCACCUAGAAUUUCCACUCAUGUUAUCUUUUUAUAAUAAAAUAUUAAAAUUCCUUCAAAA